AUGGAGCAUACCUGUGAUCUCGCUACCCAAAUCGGUUCGGCGCUCUUCAGUGAGAAGUUCUCCGACGUCACUUUCAUCGUGGAAGGUGUAUCGCUCCCAGCGCAUAAAAUCAUCCUCGCGACUUCUUGUGAAUACUUCAGGGCUCUUCUCUGCGGAGAGAUGAAGGAAUCUCGUCAGAGCGAGAUAACAUUGAGGAGCGUUCCGUUGGGAGCUUUCAAGAUCCUGAUGAAAUUCAUCUACACUGCCCAAAUCGACUUUUCCGGAUUGGAUGACGAUCUCCUCCUGGAGCUCCUGGAGCUCGCACACCUGUACGGUUUCGGGAAGCUACAAGAUUCGCUGUGCGGCCAUCUCGAAACGGUCCUAUCGAUCGAGAAUGUCUGCGUCUUCUUCGAGGCUGCUCAUGAACUUCAGCUCCCUGCUCUCGAGAAGGUCUGCUGCGGCAUUAUGGAUCAAGUUCCGGAUGCGGUCUUGAAGAGCGAAUCGUUCUAUAAUUUGUCGGUAGCCUCGGUUUCUAAGAUAAUUUCUCGUGACACAUUCUGUGCUGAAGAAAUUGAAAUAUUCAAAUCGGUUCAGCGAUGGCUAGAGAGCAACUCGCAUCGAGAAGACCCUUCGAAAGCGUCCUUGCUAGAAGCAGUCAGACUACCUCUCAUCGGGCUCGGCGAUCUCGCGACUAUCGUCAGGGAUUCGGGUCUCAUUCCAGCGGAUCUACUGAUGGACGCGAUCAGGGAAAGGGAGAAUCCCAUCCACAAUAAUUCGUUCUUCCGAGGUGUCGUAGCCAAGGAGGCGAAUCUUGCGACUCCGGAACAGGGAGCUACAAAACUCAAGCUGAAGAACGACGGCAGUAACGAAACCAACAGCGACAAUGAUGUCCCGGCAGCUCCUCCGAAGUACGAAAGCGGGCCCAUGCCCCGAUACGGGAGCGAUCUGAGGAUUGAUCCCGUAUGCGGCUUGGUCGUAGGUCUCAGAACAGUUUUUAUAAUCAGCAACAUCAAGUUCGAACUGCCCGCGGGAGCGUCUCACUCAUACUACGUUGAGGUCUCGGUGAACCUGGUUGAUUGGGUUCGGCUCAUUGACCACUCGAAGUACCCCUGUCGAUCGUUCCAAAACCUCUAUUUCGAGCCUCGAGCCUUGCGUUAUAUCCGGGUCAUGCCUGCAAAGGAAUCGGUCAAUGGCGAUAUGUUCGUGACGGGUUUUGGAGCGUCCUACAUCGAGGAGGAUAUCCAAUUCCACCAAGGUCUCGUGGAACCCGCGAAAAAUGUUGCUUCUGUUGAACUCGGAGCAAAAGUAAUCGAGGGAGGAGGUGGCGAAGACGGAAUGCUAGGUGGGACGGAGGACUCUACUUUCGCGAGCGCCGGUUGGACGUACGGACGUUUCAUAACGAUUCAAUUGCCGCAACCGUACGCUGUCAACUCCAUCCGAAUGAAAUUGCCCGAAGACAAGGAAUAUUGCUACUACAUAGAAACAUCCCUUGACCUUGAUAAUUGGACUCGUGUAGUGGAUCGCACAGGAGAGCUUUGUUGCUCGUGGCAGGUCUUCAGUUUCCAGACUCUACCUGUGAUCUUCAUCAGGAUCGUCACCACCUUCACCGUGGAUCAUCUGGGCUUAUUCUGCAAGAAUUUUGAGUGUCGAGGGAGACGCGGGCGAAGCGUUCCGGCCGGCGAACGUCGCUGAUGAGCCGCGGCGAGGACAACCUGAGGUUCGGCGUGUGAAAGGCGAGAACAGAAUCGGCAAUACCCUCGGAUCGCACGCGUUUGCAUCGAGCUUCAUCGAUGUUGUGAAUGCUUUUUCCACUGCUCUCUAAUGAAGGUGUCCCACAUACGGCCGAAGA